AUGUCAUCAGCCCAAGAUGAGUUCCACGUUAUAAUGGUCGGUGCCGGCUACGCAAUGUUCGGAACACCAGAAGGACCAUGGAACAUUGCCAAACGAGCAGAGCAGAAACUCGGUUCUCGACUUGUUGUCGACGCUGUCAUUGAAGUCGUACCCACCCGAGCUGAAGAGGCAUUGAACAUCAAAAGAGAUGGACCUCAUAAGGAAUCGUAUAAGAAUACAGUGAUCUUACCGAGUGUAGCAGAAUUCAAGAAGCUGGUGGACGAGGGGAAAGCCAAGGAGCCUAGAGCCAUUUUCGUCGCUACUCCACCUACCGUUCGAGGAUCAACUCAACCAGGAAAAGACCUUGAGAUCCAACUGAACAAGGCUUUCCCCAACAUCGCUAUCUUUUUUGAAAAACCAGUAGCUACCGGUCAACCAUGGGAAGAGAGCGUAGGAGAAGCUAUUAAGGUCUCUGAGUAUUUGAAGAAGAAUCACAAGGCCCCUAUUUCCAUCGGGUACGUGCUGAGAUACCUCAAGAUCGUUCAACAGGUCAAGAAGAUUAUUGAGGAGAACAAUCUCAAUGUGAUGGCAACCAAUGCUAGAUUCGUGGUAGCUUACGAAUUGGCCAUCAAAACUGAAUGGUGGAACAAAGACAUCAUGCUUGGACCCAUCAUCGAGCAGGCCACCCAUAUCUGUGAUCUCGUACGAUUCUUGGGUGGAGAAAUCAACUUUGAUACUAUCUCUGCUCACGCUCUGGAAGCAGAUGACAAACCAGGUCAAUUGUCCAAGAAGAACUUUGAUGAAUCUGUCAUUCCUGAUGAUCUUAGAAUUCCAAGAGCUACCACCGCGAGCUGGAAAUACGAAUCUGGAGCUGUAGGAAUUUUCCUCCAUUCUACUGCUCUCCAUGGAACAGAUUACGAGGUCCAAUUGGAAGUAUUUGCGGAUGGUUACGCCUUCAUCUUACAAAACAUCUUCGGUACCUCUAAAGCACCCGAAUUGCACAUCCGACGACCUGGUUCUGACGAAUUUGAGAAGAUUGUUACACCCGGUGACGAUGCCUACCAAACUGAGAUGAAUCAUUUCAUCGAUGCUAUCGAAGGUGGUGAAAGCCCAGAGAUCUUCUCGAGCUACGAAGAUGCCGCUAAGACCUACGAGAUGACUUGGGUGAUCAGGAACUCGGCGGAAGAGUGGAGUAAGAAGGUCAAGGAGGGAAAAGUAAAGAAAUAG